UGUUCGAGUGGAGACAACGGCUUUGCCGCACUUGUGGCACCCACAUAGAUGAAUCGAGUGCCACUCCACUUUUUGAGGGGGAGAACUACCCCAUGGUCAUUAUAAUUGAAAAUAUCACCGAUAUGUAUUUGGAUAAGGCGCAUGAUAUGCCUGAGCUGAUAUGUCAAGGAUGCAAGCGGGACCUGGAGAGGUUCCUGGAAUUCCGUACAAAGUUCAUGGCCAAUAAUGAAUUUCUGCAGUACAAAAGGAACGCACUCGAACUGCAGGCAUUUGACAGCGCUAAUGAUCUGAUCGCCGCCGUUAAUAUUGAGGACGAGUCGCAGGUCGCUGCUGUAAAAGUGGAGGAUAAAGAGAUUUACGAUGAGCCGCUGCUCGAAGUUAAAACCGAAGAGAAUACAAUGGACAACGACGAUGUUGCUGUGAAGGAUGAAGGAAUGGACAACAAUGCUGAUGAGCCGCUGCUCACCGCCAUCAAUAUCGAGGAUAACACGAUGGACAACGAGGCUGUGGAGUCUCUGCUCUCCGCCCUUAAUAUUAAAGAUAAGGAAUUGGACGAAAAUGUCGAGUACAAAGAUAUGGAUGAUUAUGCUGUGGAGUAUCUGGUCACCGCCGAUGAAGUCAUACAGAACCAUGGGGAUGUGUCGCCGCCGCUUGUUCCACCCGAUAAAGGCGAAGAAGGAAAGGAUGUGGAUGAUGAUGAUGAUGAUGAAAUUUCCAAUCCAACGCCCACUUCUACCAUCAAAAAGAAAUCCAGGCCCACGAAGAAGAGUGACAAAACUUGGAUCUGUCACAUUUGCGAGGGCGAGUACAAGUGCUCGACCUACUUAAAAUUGCAUAUGAUGCGGCACUCUGGCAAGAAGGAAAUUGAGUGUGACAUUUGCCAUGCCAGGUACUACACGGCUCCCGAAAUGCGCCGUCACAGGAUCCUGCACACGGAUGCACGACCCUAUGCCUGCCGCUACUGCAACAAAACUUUUCGCGGCUGCAGCAGCAAGGUUGUGCACGAGAGGAGUCAUACCGACGAGCGUCCUUUUGCAUGCCAAUACUGCGACAAGUCGUUCAGGUCCACCUCCGCUCGUCGUAGGCACGAAAGAGUCCACACCAACACCCGCAACUAUCACUGCGAGCUGUGCGAUCUGUCGUUUCUGCGUUGCUCCCACUUGACGAAACACAAGAACACCAAGAUACACAAACGCAAAAUGGCUGUCGCCAUGGACGACUAAC